AAAGUAAUGUGUGACUUGUAUAAGUAUAAAUGUGAGAUUAAAUGUCAUAUUGACAGUCUAAUCAAAUCAGUAGAAACAUGUCAUAAGUUCAUCGAAAUUUUAGUGUAAAUUUUAUGUGACCAUCUUUUAGGUACAUCAAUGAUGAUAAGCCCGUUGAUUGUGUAUUGACAAUGGGAAAUUGUGGCACAAAAACAUUUGGCAUGCGCUUUUCAAAGAAGGAAUACAUAUCGGAAAAAUCAUUGCUUGCAGUGCGGAUGGUCAUUGAAUACUUAAAAGAAGAUGUAUUACAACGAGACAUCUUUCGAGCCACGGGACACGAUGUACGUGCACAGCAAAUCGCGAAAGAACUAAAUCGGGGCUCAAAUCUCGUACAGAUUCUGGAAGAAUGUUCCGCACGAGAUAUCGCCAGUGGAUUGAUGUACUUUUUGAUUUAUUUGAAGAAACCUCUAGUGCCACCUUCAAUCCAAUCGCUCGUGCUAGACCCUGAUAAUAAAAGCGUGCCACCAGAAGUAGUUGCACGAGAUGUAUUGGGAUUGUUGGAAGAUGAAAUUAAAGGACGACAAAUGAUAUUACUGCAAUGUAUUUUGGAUUUACUGAACCAUGUACUGAAAUAUACGCCUACAGACGAGUUGUCCGGUUCUACAGUUCCAAUCUACAUGAUGCCAAUAUUUUUUAAUCUCCGGUCAGAACAUAUGCUGAAUUGGCGGCGUGUUGCAAUCAUAUUCGUCGAAAUGAUUCGUCUCUCGCCGCAAGAAUUAAACGUCCGCAAUCUGGCGGUUGACGAUGCGCAAAACGAGAUGAUUAAUCCGAAUUCUGCACCGGGUGCGUUUCAUACAGCACGCGCCCAAAGACUGCGGGACUUGAAUACUCUCUUGGAGCGAUUUUUGGAGAACGCCGGAAAUGGCGGAGAUGGAUCUAACUAUGAAUAUUAUAAUCGUCGGUGCCACUUUGUGCGGCAACGUUUGCAAAAUUUAAACACUUGACAUAUUCGCAGUACGUGAAACAAUCUAGAUCUACUAUAAAUUAAUUAUUUAAAAAGUAGUACGCAGCGGAAUACAACGAAUUUUACCGCACUCGACAACUUGUGUAAAACGUUUAUAACGAAUAAAUUCAUGUACAAAGUAACAAAAA